AUGUCUGUGGAGCGCACAUUGGCACCCGAGCAGGAGGCACUUACCUGGCAAAGAUUCCGCACAGUAUUCUACUCCAAGUAUUUUCCCUCCAGUCGCCUGAGGAAGCUAGAGAGGGAAUUUCUCAAUCUGAAUCAAGGAACUAUGACUGUGGAUGAGUAUGAGGCAGAGUUUGACAGGCUAUCUCGGUUUGCUCCCACCCUCGUCAUGGAUGCAGAGUCCCAGAUGAGAAGAUUUGAAGAAGGAUUGAAGCCUCACUUAUGUCGGAGUUUGGCCGCAAUACACUCGACGAACUAUGAUGAUCUGGUAGACAGGGCUAAGAAUCUGGAAAUUGUCCGGAAAGAAACAUAUGAUGCCAAAGAUAGGAAACAAAAAAAGAGAAGCAGAAAUUAUGAUGCUCGCAGUGGACAGAAUUCUAGCAAGACUGCAAAAUCACAACCAAUCUUGGCAAUCAGGGAAGCAAGGAUCUUAUGGAAAGACUAUUCAGCAAGAGAAGCAUAA